AUGGAGUACGACAAGCAGGUGGAUCCCGUGAAGGAGGAAGACUUCCUGCCACAUGUACUUGCUCCAUGCAUUUCGGAGACGCUGUCGUGCGACUCAGAGGCCGCAGCAGCAAUCAUGGAGGACAAUUUGCAUUGGCGUCACGACAUGGGUGCCGAGGACGAGGAGUUGCUGCGCAUUUUGCAGUCAGCAGAAAUUCAAGAUCAGUUGAAGAAAGACGAUGCCCAGACGAUGGAGGAAACGCUGAAGGACAAUGACAAACGCAAUCGGCAGAAACAGGCAAUGAUGAACAAAAUCCGGACACUGAGGGCCAAGGAGACUGGCCAGCAGGGUUGCGCGAAAAGGAAGCCAGUAGCUUUUGAGCCUGACCGAACGUACACAACAGCACAGGUCAACGCACUCCUGCCUGAUGUGUACCGAAGCCAAAAGGACACAUUCAAUGCUUGCUGGAGAAUAUGGGCGAGGAAAGGCAAGUGGAGCGCAAGCAGAAGCUGGGGUGAAGAGGGUUGCGAAGCGAAGUGCGUUCACAAGCUGGGAAGAAUUGUUUGGGCCCGCCACUGUGAGCUCCACCCCAAUGCAAGCUGCCCCUUCGUGUUUGAAUUCGGGGAAGACCCUGAAACGGAGGCAGCCUCGAAGCCGAAAGCCGGCAAAAUGCCGAAGGCAUCAGCAGGCAAGGCUAGCGUCAGCUCCAGCAGUGUCGGCAAUAGUAAGUGA